UCAACAAGAAAAUGACGAUCAUAUGUUAUUUACUGCUGAUUCUCAGCGUGGGGCGUUGCACAGAUGAUCAGAGGUUUGAAACAAAGACUGUUGGUGUCGGACAAAAUGUGACUCUGUCUUGUUCUCGCAAGACAUCUCUGGAACAACACACUUUUUGGAUCAGGCUUGUUUCUGGAAACUUUCCAGAGUUUUUGGGAGGAACAUUUAAUUUUGAUAUUGAUGGUGUUAAUAACACUCCUGGCAUUACAGCAAAACAAGAGCCUGGAACAUUUGUCCUGCAUAUUCAUAAAACAAAGCUAAGCGACACUGGAAUUUACUACUGUAUUAAAAUAUACCGACUUGAUUUGACUUUUUUGAAAGGAACUUUUCUGAGAAUUGGAGGUGAAGAACCUGAUAUCACUGCUGUGUUACAAGACUUCCCAUCUGAUCCAGUUCGUCCAGGAGACUCAGAGACUCUGCAGUGUUCGGUCCUUUCUGACUCUAAGAAGAAAACUUGUCCAGAAGAACAGAGGGUGUACUGGUUCAGAGCCGGAUCAGAUGAAUCUCAUCCUAGUGUCAUUUAUGCUCAUGGAAACAGUGCUGGAUGUGAGAAGAGUCCUGAGGCUCACUCUCCACAGAAAUGUGUCUACAGCUUCUCUAAGAACAUCAGCUCCUCUGAUGCCGGGACUUAUUACUGUGCUGUGGCCGCAUGUGGGGAGAUCUUAUUUGGAAAUGGGAAAAAACUGGACAUUGAAGCACUCAACGUGUGGGAUUUGCAGAAGGCCAACGUAGUUCUGAUUUUGUUACUUGCAUCUUUGGCUUUAAGUCUGAUUGUUAUUGCCUUCCUGAUUCAUACCGUGAAGAUGAAAACUUGCGAUUGUUCCAAUGCCGCCGUUGCUCUGCAAAGAAAUGCUGCAGCAGCAAGAGGUGAACCCCAAAGCCAGCAGAGAAAUGAGGACUCAUUGGUUUAUUCUGCACCAACUUUCACCAAGAGGAAAACUGGCAGAGCAGAGAGAAAGCAUGUAAAAACAGCAGAGGGAGAGACCACCUACACUGAUGUCAGGACUUUAGUGAUAGAUUAACAAACUGCUGGAUUUGCAAAAACUAACAUAGUUUUUGUCUGGCACUAUCUUGUAAAUAUGCUGCUUCACAUCUGAUAUCAAUAACAAUCUUUUGUAUAGAUAACCUUAAAGAAUGUUUCAUGUUUAAUUUUGAUAUUAUGUCUUCAAUGGAUUUUGUUGAUAUUCUACAGCAUCUCAUAUCUGUUAAAUCUUGUUUAU